AUGGGGGAGUGUGGCGUGUUAAGGGAGUGUGGGGGUGAUGUGGAGGGUCAGUUUCUUUCUAAGCCUACCACUACCACCAACCAGGCCUUGCGGUGUCCUGAGCCUACCACUACCACCAACCAGGCCUUGCGGUGUCCUGAGCCUACCACUGCCACCAACCAGGCCUUGUGGUGCCUACCACCACCCAACCAGGCCUUGCGGUGUCCUGAGCCUACCACUACCACCAACCAGGCCUUGCGGUGUCCUGAGCCUACCACUGCCACCAACCAGGCCUUGCGGUGUCCUGAGCCUACCACUACCACCAACCAGGCCUUGCGGUGUCCUGAGCCUACCACUACCACCAACCAGGCCUUGCGGUGUCCUGAGCCUACCACUACCACCAACCAGGCCUUGCGGUGUCCUGAGCCUACCACUGCCACCAACCAGGCCUUGCGGUGUCCUGAGCCUACCACUACCACCAACCAGGCCUUGCGGUGUCCUAAGUUAUGUCCUAAAUUUCGCGCCUACACAAAAUUGAGGACAUUUGAGUGA